AAUCCUGACACUUCACGCGCAUCACGCGAUGAUUGUAGCGCGUGAACCGUCUCCCCCUCCGCUCCUCUCUGUCUCCUACGUUAAGAACCGACCCCCCCGGCCGCAGAGACACUCUCUCUGAUUUUCUUUUCUCCACUGUCUGAGACUUUCGAGCCAGACGCUCCAAAACCCUAACAAUUCAAAUUCCCAAUGUUCGAUCACUCAAGUUUUUUGAACAAUUAGCGUGUUGUUUUUGACAGAGUUUUGAGUAAUUAGAAGAAUGGAGUUUAAUCAUCGAGCGGUUAAUCAGCAAGCUUCACCGCGCAUUCCUCGGCCGUCGGAUUACAGCUAUGUUACCGAUCAAUCCCUUCGAGCUGGCUAUUUGGGAACAGAUUUAUGGCAAAGCCGGCGAGAAUUCAUCCGGGACAAUCAUCCUCCCGGUCAACUUUAUCCUCACCCUCGCCCAUUCCAUCACCCUCACCUUCCACCUCAUCCUCAUGCUAUGCACGAGGCAAUCCAAAGAGAGAUUGAAAAACAAAGGAUUCGACAGGAUAUAAUCCUGGCAGAGAUUGAAAGGAGGUAUGCUUUGGAGGCGGAGGUGAGAAUGGAGCUCAGAAUGGAGAUGGAGUUGGCUCUACGGAAGGGUGGUAAUGGUUUUCCAUUUGGGCCAUGUCCGCCAAUGGAGUUCGAAUCACCAACAAGAUCUUCACUUUUGAGAAUGAGAGCAGAAGGGAGGUCUGUAGAGGGCAGGUUUGCGAUGUCACUGGAAGAGAUGAGGAGGCCGAAUGGAAGGCAUGAAAGUGGAAGUUCUGGGACACAGCCAUUCCAGAGAGGGACUGCAGAUUUGAGAAUUUCAGAGGUGAAGCCUGUAGCCGAGGGUAGCAAAGAAAAGCAGACAGUUAUUUUUAUGGCCAAACAUGAUGACAACAUAUCUGGAUCAAAGAGGAAGGCUGUGACCCCGCUGGGAGCAACUGAAGAUUCAUCGAUAGGUAUCUCGAAGAAGAAAGCUAAGGAGGAGUGGAGUUGCGCCCUCUGUCAAGUUAGUGCCACCAGUGAACAGGUGCUGAAUGAGCACCUGCAGGGAAAGAAACACAAGUUGAAGGAGGCUGCGCUGAAAGCUGAGAGGGAUCGAAAAAAGUAUACCAUUGGCCUUUCAAAGAGAGCUACCAAGUCCGUCCAGGUUGGAGGAACAGUUGAUCAAGGCAAGGAGGAGGGAGUGAAACUCCCAACUGAAUCGUUUCCGAACAAGACGACCGGGAAAUUGAGCUCAAAAAGGCAGGAUAUGGUUCCAUUGCUGGAGAAAAUUCAGUCAACAUCAGUUGAAAAACUGCAGAAAAGUGGUGAUCAUACAAAGUCUAGGUUUUGGUGUGAGAUAUGCAACAUAGGGACCCCCUCUCAAAAAGUUAUGAAUGCUCACAAGAAGGGGAAGAAACAUGUUCGUCGGCUGCAGGGAAGUGAUUUAAAAUGUCGAGCUACCCCACCUCAUCCAAAGAAGAUUUUAGUAGUCUCGAAUCAGGCAGAAUUGGUCGCUGAAAAUGGGAAGAAUGGAACUAUACACAAUGUUGAUGAAACCCAGGACAAACUGAGGUCAGAGGAUGACAAGCCUGCCGAUGCAGUCAAGCUUGAAGAUCAUGAGCUUGUGAAUGAAACCAAGGAAGAAAAUUGUGGGGCUGUGGAUAUAACAGAGCCAGAUGAUGGCUUGACCAACAAUGUAGCAGAGCUCAAAGGCGACGACCGGAUUAUGACAUGACUUCAACCUCUAGGUCGAUGAAAUCUAAUAAGUAGAUGGAAGUAGGAUGUCGCUGCCGCUCUAUAUCCUUAACUUGUUCGAAAAUUGUGUAUAUUUUCUAUGACAUAGCUAACGACUAGUUCCCGACAUGUUUCAUUGAAGAUUGUUUGGAGGUCACUGUUGCUGCUAGAUUUUGUCGGAACAAUCUGUGUUACUGAAUGAUGUUUUCCAUAAGUAGGUCUUCAUUUUUGUGUCAA